CGAACCCGUACUUUGUCUCCUCCCCCAGUCAAUCUCUCUCUCUCUCUCUCUCUCUCUAAAAAAUGAGGUACACAGACGAUCAACUCAUCGUUGUCAAAAUUUCCGGCGGCUCGGUCACAAUCAGCUACCGCGCCAUCAAAUGCGCUCCGGUGCUCUUCCAAUACGUAAGAGACGGCUGCAAAUACAUCGACCCCCGCAUAAAAGACAUCGAAAUCACCGCCAUGUCCACAAUCGCCAACUACUUAGAAAUACAAGCGCAGACCUCCGGCGAAGAACAGAUGACUCACAACCGCAAGUUCCUCCGCGAAUCCGACGACUUGUUCCUCAUCUACCAUGUCGCCUACGCUGCGUAUCUCCUGGAUAUCGAAGAUUUGUACGAGCAUCUCUGCUCGUUGCUCACCCAGCGGUUUGGAUCUCUCAGCAUCGAUCAAAUUAGGGCAGGUUUCGGCGUCACCGUCGCCGUCGGUUUUACUCUCGAGGAGGAUCAGAGGAAUAGGGAAAACUAUCCGUGGGCGUUCCGUGAGAUUCGCCGGCCAUGGAUGUUCAGGUAUGACUGUGAAUGGAAAAAUUGUCCAACUGUCUCAAAAGGUGCAUGUGCAUGUCAAAGCCGUUCACCACAUAUUAUUAUAUAAGCAGUGAUUCAGAUUGAAUAUUUAU